ACUUGAGCAGGCAGGACAGAGGGCUAGGUCAACGUUACCGGCAGAGGCAGCUGGAGCGAUUCCGAGAUGCGGACGGCUUGGGUGGCCCCAAGCGUGGGGAGGCAGCUGCUGAGGUUGGGGGGCACAAGUUCGCGAUCCAGUGCGUUUCUGGGGCAGCCCCGGCCUGACCCUGCCCGGCGACUCUAUGCCAGUGGGGCCGCUCAGGCCGUUGCAGAGAAGUCAGAUUCCGCCUCCUAUGAUGCGUCCCACGGGGAAAAACGGGCCAAGGCGGAAUCGAGGUCCUUCGCUGUGGGUAUGUUCAAAGGCCAGCUCACCACUGAGCAGGUGUUCCCAUACCCGUCAGUGCUCAACCCAGAGCAGACACAGUUUCUCAAAGAGUUGGUGGGGCCCGUGUCCCGUUUCUUUGAGGAGGUAAACAGUCCUGCCAAGAAUGAUGCCCUGGAGAUGGUGGAGGAGAGGACUUUGCAGGGCCUCAAGGAGCUGGGGGCCUUUGGUCUGCAAGUGCCCAGCGAGUUGGGCGGCGUUGGCCUCUGCAACACGCAGUAUGCUCGUUUGGUGGAGAUCGUGGGCAUGCAUGACCUCGCCAUCGGCGUCACCCUGGGGGCUCACCAGAGCAUUGGUUUCAAAGGCAUCUUGCUCUUUGGCACCAAGGCCCAGAAGGAGAAAUACCUCCCUAAACUGGCAACUGGGGAGACCAUAGCUGCCUUCUGUCUAACCGAGCCCUCCAGUGGAUCUGACGCGGCCUCCAUCCAGAGCUCAGCUGUGCCCAGCCCCUGUGGGAAGUAUUACACCCUCAAUGGCAGCAAGAUUUGGAUCAGUAACGGGGGCCUGGCAGACAUCUUCACAGUUUUUGCCAAGACACCAAUCACAGAUCCAGCCACAGGGGCUGUGAAGGAGAAGAUCACAGCCUUCGUGGUGGAGAGGGGUUUUGGAGGUGUCACCCAUGGGGCUCCCGAGAAGAAGAUGGGCAUCAAGGCGUCCAACACGGCCGAGGUGCACUUCGACGGAGUGCGUGUGCCCUCAGAGAACGUGCUGGGCGAGGUCGGGAGUGGCUUUAAAGUGGCCGUGCACAUCCUCAACAACGGAAGGUUUGGCAUGGCGGCAGCCCUUGCAGGCACCAUGAGAGCCAUCAUCACCAAGGCGGUGGAUCAUGCUAUUAAUCGUACCCAGUUCGGGGACAAAAUCCACAACUUUGGGCUCAUCCAGGAGAAGCUGGCUCGGAUGGCUAUGCUGCAGUAUGUGACUGAGUCCAUGGCUUACAUGCUGAGUGCCAACAUGGACCAGGGAUUCACGGACUUCCAGAUAGAGGCCGCCAUCAGCAAAAUCUUUGGCUCGGAGGCGGCCUGGACAGUGACAGAUGAGUGCAUCCAGAUCAUGGGGGGCAUGGGCUUCAUGAAGGAGCCUGGAGUUGAGCGCGUGCUUCGAGAUGUCCGAAUCUUCCGGAUCUUCGAGGGCACAAACGACAUUCUCCGGCUGUUUGUGGCUCUGCAGGGCUGUAUGGACAAGGGAAAGGAGCUUUCUGGGCUUGGCAAUGCGCUCAAGAAUCCUUUGGGGAAUGCUGGCCUGCUGCUUGGGGAGGCAGGCAAACAGCUGAGACGGCGAGCAGGGCUGGGCAGUGGCUUGAGUCUCAGUGGGAUCGUCCACCCAGAGCUAAACCGGAGUGGUGAGCUGGCAGUGCAGGCUCUGGAACAGUUUGCUGCUGUGGUGGAGGCCAAGCUGAUAAAGCACAAGAAGGGGAUUGUCAAUGAACAGUUCGUGCUGCAGCGCCUGGCAGACGGGGCCAUUGAUCUCUACGCCAUGGUGGUGGUUCUCUCCAGAGCCUCCCGGGCCCUGAGUGAGGGCUACCCCACAGCCCAACACGAGAAGAUUCUCUGUGACAGCUGGUGCAUUGAGGCUGCUGCCCGGAUCCGCAGGAGCAUGGUCGCCCUACAGUCCGACCCCCAGCAGCAAGAGCUCUUCCGCAACUUCAAAGCCAUCUCCACCGCCUUGGUAGAGCGUGGGGGUGUGGUCACCAGUAACCCCCUAGGCUUCUGAGCAUUCUCACACCAGGUCUGGCCCAUCAAGUGCCUUCUCUCAAGCCAGUUAGGCCCCUUGCAUAGAGAGCCUGGGCUUGCCUCUGAGGGGACUUCAUCUCCACCCGUGCCUGCUCCCAGGAGCUCUGCCUGUCUCCCAAAUAUAGCCUGUGACAA